CUCAACAUGGCGCCGGGGGUGGCGUUCGCGAUCGGCUUGAUCCUCGUCGUCGGACAGCUGAAGGAAGGGCCGGGCACCCUCGCGAAGACCUUCAUCUUCCCCGAAUAUCCGUACAAGGAGACUACCAAGAAUGAACUUCUCUUCAGGCAAUUCGAGCAGACUUGCGAGGAGAGCGGCGCUUGUAAGAUGCUACUGCCAGAAAGGAGCGGCAUUGCCAAAACGAAAUGCAUUCGCGAAUGCGUGUCACCGUCCUGUUACAAAGAGAUCUACUUGUUCGAUCAGCUGGAGGAGGGCGAGAUCGACGUGAGAUUGAACUCUUUUAAGGGUUGCUUCAUGCAGCGCAACGGCCGGCCGCGAAAAUAACAGAAAAACCUUGCCAGCGAGCGAAAGAAGCUGAAAGAGGAGGGCCAAGCGCGGGCGAACUUUUUACUACAGCGAAUGCAAAUCCUAAGCGACAGACGCACCGCACGAACUGCGUCCGACCAGUUACCAAAAGAGAGAAAAAAAAAAG